AUGGCCGCCGCGUCCUCCGCUCCCUUCUUCGGCCUCUCCGACGCGCAGAUGCAGCCGCUGAUGCCCGCGCAGCAGCCCCCCGCCCCCGCCGCCGCCGCGCCGGCGCCCAAGAAGAAGCGCAACCAGCCGGGCAACCCAAAUCCUGACGCGGAGGUGAUCGCGCUGUCGCCGCGGUCCCUGAUGGCGACGAACCGGUUCGUGUGCGAGGUGUGCGGCAAGGGGUUCCAGCGGGAGCAGAACCUGCAGCUGCACCGUCGCGGCCACAACCUGCCGUGGAAGCUGAAGCAGAAGAACCCCAAGGAGACGCGGCGGCGGGUGUACCUGUGCCCGGAGCCGACGUGCGUGCACCACGACCCGGCGCGCGCGCUGGGCGACCUCACCGGCAUCAAGAAGCACUACUGCCGCAAGCACGGCGAGAAGAAGUGGAAGUGCGACAAGUGCGCCAAGCGCUACGCCGUGCAGUCGGACUGGAAGGCCCACUCCAAGACCUGCGGCACCCGCGAGUACCGCUGCGACUGCGGCACCCUCUUCUCCAGGAGGGACAGCUUCAUCACCCACCGCGCCUUCUGCGACGCGCUAGCCCAGGAGAGCGCGCGGCUGCCGCCGAUCGGCGCCGGCAUGUACGGCGGCCCCGGCAACAUGGCCCUCAGUAAUCUCUCCGUCCUGGCGCCACAGAUGGCCGGCGGCUUCCCAGACCAAUCCGGCCACCACUCGUCAGCUUCGGCCAUCGACGUCCUCAACCUCGGUGGUGGUGGCGGCAACGCCGGUCAGUUCGAGCACCUCAUGCCAUCGUCCUCCGGGUCCUCCAUGUUCCGCUCCCAGGCCGCCAACUCCUCCCCAUUCUAUAUGGGCGGCGGCGCCGCCCAGGACUUUGCCGAGGAUGACGUCCACCGUUCCCAUGGCAACCAAGGCUCCCUCAUCCAGGGAAAGUCUCCCGCGGCCUUUGAUGGCCUGAUGCAACUUCCGGACCAGCACCAGGGAAGCGGCGGCGGCAACGGUAAUAACAACCUCCUGAACCUUGGCUUCUUCUCAGGCAAUGGCAACGGGGGCGGCCAGGACUCGCGCCUGGUCUUCCAGAACCAGUACAACGGCAGCGCCGGAAACGGCAGCAGCAGCAAUGGAAAUGGAGAGAAUGGCGGCAUGGUCGCCUCCGGCAGCAUCCUGGGAGGCGGUGGCGGGGGCUUCCCUUCGCUCUACAGCUCGUCUGAGGCGGGUGGCGGGCUCCCGCAGAUGUCCGCAACUGCGCUGCUGCAGAAGGCGGCGCAGAUGGGCGCGACGACGAGCAGCCAUAACGCUGGCGCCGGCGGCGCCGGGCUUCUCCGUGGCCCGGGUAUGAGGGGCGGCAGCGGGGAAGGCGGGUCGUCGGCCGCGGCAGCGGCGGCGAGCGAGAGGCAGUCGUUCCAUGACCUCAUCAUGAACUCUCUGGGUAGCGGGAGCGGCGCCAGUGCCACAACCGGCGGUCGCGCCGGGGCGUUCGGCAGCGGCGGGGGCUUCCCCGUGGACGACGGCAAGCUGAGCACCCGGGACUUCCUCGGCGUCGGCCCUGGCGGCGUGGUGCAAGCCGGCAUGGGGCCGCCCCGGCGGCACAGCGGCGGCGCCGGGCUCCACAUGGGCUCGCUGGACCCUGCCGAGCUGAAGUAG